CUUUUUGCAACCCUAGUUGUCAGACAAUCUUGGAAGAUCCCUAAUCUUGUCCCAAAAAAAGUCAAUUUAUACUACAACAUAAACAAUAAACCUUAACAUUUCUGUAAAUUCAUCUUAAUCUUAACUGUUCUAGUCUUUGUCUAUAACCGUUGUACUGAUGAGCGGUUGUACUUCACCAAACGGUUCAAUCCAGGCCAUCACAUGCUUGCGAAGCGAGAACAUGCCAUAAAAGGAUGUGACAAGACGUUUGUGAAAGAGUUUCUAGCCAAAGCCAAAGAAGAUUUCUUGAGAAAAUGGGAAUCACCACCACAGAGCACAACUGGUUUAGAUGACUUCGACAAACUAAAGACGUUGGGCACGGGCUCUUUUGGGAGAGUCAUGCUGGUUAAACACAAGGCUACAGAUCAGUUCUAUGCCAUGAAGGUUCUGGACAAGCAAAAGGUGGUGAAGUUGAAACAAGUGGAGCAUACGCUAAAUGAGAAGAGAAUAUUACAAGCAGUAUCUUUCCCGUUCCUCGUCAGAUUGGAAUAUGCGUUCAAGGACAACUCUAAUUUGUAUAUGGUGAUGGAGUAUGUACCGGGAGGGGAGAUGUUCUCACAUCUUAGAAGAAUCGGGAGGUUUAGUGAACCACAUGCACGGUUUUAUGCUGCUCAGAUUGUCCUGACUUUCGAGUACCUCCACUCACUAGACCUCAUCUACAGAGACCUGAAACCUGAAAACCUACUCAUUGACCAGCAUGGAUAUAUACAGGUAACAGACUUUGGUUUUGCAAAAAGAGUAAAAGGCAGAACCUGGACUUUAUGUGGAACUCCAGAGUACUUGGCACCAGAGAUCAUCCUCAGCAAGGGAUACAACAAGGCUGUGGACUGGUGGGCCCUUGGUAUACUCAUAUAUGAAAUGGCAGCUGGAUAUCCCCCAUUUUUUGCAGACCAGCCUAUUCAGAUCUAUGAGAAAAUUGUGUCUGGAAAGGUACGAUUCCCUUCGCACUUCAGUUCGGAUCUGAAAGAUCUGUUGAGGAAUCUGCUGCAGGUGGACCUGACCAAGCGAUACGGCAACCUGAGGAAUGGUGUCAAUGAUAUCAAAAACCACAAAUGGUUUGCCACAACGGAUUGGAUAGCCAUCUAUGAGAGAAAGGUGGAGGCGCCGUUCAUACCAAAGUGCCGAGGUCCUGGAGACACAAGCAACUUUGAUGACUAUGAAGAGGAAGACAUUCGUGUAUCUGUUACAGAAAAAUGCGGAAAGGAGUUCUCCGAGUUUUAGUUACGGACACAUCAAAGCUAGACAUAUAUGCAUAUAUACAUAUAUUUACUUAUCUAUAUAUGUAUAUAUAUAUAUGUGUGUGUGUGUGUGUGUGUGUGCAUCACACAACACAUCAAAUAAGGGUAUCUUUGCACUCUAAAGACAUGGGAUAAGCAGAGAGCACAUCACCGUCAGAGUUCUUGUGUACUUCCUUCAUUCCAUUGGGCUUUAGAGGUCACCGGGGUUCUCGUGCUCUUAACCAUCAUGCACUGCUCCAUCAGUUCACUCUCUUCCUGCUCCGCUUUCACUUUGUCAAACGACCUGUGUUCGGGGGGGCAUUGUUACUCCAUUUUUUGUUGUUGUUGUUGUUUGUUCAUGGCGGCGUCAUACAGUGUUGUUAUUUGAAAGGUAGCCGUUGCCUGUACCUAUUGGCAUUUUUUGGUGUUACACAUCCAUGUCCUUCUAAUUUACUUUUCACCUUUAGACCAAAACAAUUGACAGCUUUUUCAGGUCUUUUUUUUGUUUUGUUACGUGUGCAAAUCUGUCGAAUUCAGAGCAUUUUUUAUUUUGUUUAAACCACGUUGUGUGUUGAAAGCAUGACCAAAACCAUCGUGUUGUGAACGGCAGAGUCUUAACUCGUCAGAUUUGCCUUAGAAACUCGAUAUUACAGAGCCCACAGAAUGAUUGCAUUACAGAUGUUACAGUGAUCUUUAUAUCACGAUGUUACAGUUGAAGGUCCAGUCUCAUGCAUAUACUGACAGAUGUUGUUAGCAAUAUAAAACAUAUCUUAUUUUACCACUUUUGUGCAUUUUUAUUCAUUAUACAAAUGUUUUAUUCUGAAAUAGAAGAUAAAACCUGUAAAGAUCAUUUUAACUGCUGUUUCUCAUCGGAUAUUUAAGACAAACCGCAAAUGCAUUGGUGCAACUGCUAUAAGAUGAGUUAGAUUAUCACAGUGAGGCACUUGUCAGUUCACCGUUUUUAAUUUGUCAAUGUUGAAGCUGUUUUGCAAAGUUCUCUGAAAAUUGUAAAACUGCCAAAACUCCAUGUUGUCUCCUCCAUUGUUGCUGUUGAACUUCUGUCGUUCUUUUAUUCUUAUGACCGAAUGUUGUGUUGAAACUUCUAGAUAUGCAUAUUGUUUGACAAGUUUGAGUUUUCAGGUACAUUCUCACAGACAUAUACUAAGAAACUGAAUAUGUUACAAAGAAAGAGAGAUGAAACCGAGGUUAGUAAGCCUCUUCUCCUUUGUAUCACCUAUAAUCCAGUUAUUGUUCAGCUCAUAAUGCAUAUAUGCAUUAUUUCUUAUAAAUGUUUUUAUUUAUACACAUUAGAGAGAUGCUAAUAAAUUUUAUUUUUAAGA